UGAGGAAUUUCCCCAAAACGCUCUUCAAGACUUCGCUAUUUACACCCCUUAGAAAUCCUCCGACCGUCGGCGGGAACAGUCUUUCGACUUUCUUCCCUCUCUCUCUCUCUCUCUCUCUCUCUCUAUCUGUGUUCGUCUACUGAUGAAUCGAAUUCACCUUGAUUCGAUCAGCAAGGUUGUCAGAAGCUCAACCCAUGGAACAUCUCCUGGCCAUCUCCGAACGCCCCUUCUGACACCAUUCUUUUCCACAUCCUUUUCCGUAUGGACGUCGCCGUCGCCGUCGCCGUCUUCUUUUUCGUCCCUCCAGGUUCUGCAGAAUUCUCCCGGAAAACCAGUCUUAAGUCCCCUCUAUAACUUGCUCUCCGAUACCCAGAACCCCGGCAAAGUGGUCGACCUCAUCUGCUCGUCUCUCAAAAACCCGAAUCCCCGUCUCGAGCUCCAGCGUAAUGCCCAAAGAUCGCUCCUUUCUCAUCUGGGUAGUGACGAAAUCUCGCGGGUUCUGUUGAGAUGCCAAUCGGACCACGCCUCGGCCCUCGCUUUCUUCAAUUGGGUCAGGCAUGAUUUGGGUCUCAGGCUCAGCGCUCGCAACUAUUGCCUCGCGAUUCACAUCGUGGCUUGGUCCAGACAGUUUCCUCGAGCGAUGAAGUUGCUGACCGAGCUGGUGGAGUCGGCUGAGGAUGUCGUGGCUCCCGACGGAGAUGUUUUCGGAGCUUUGCUCUUGGCUAGCAAGGACUGUAAUUGGGACCCGGUUGGUUUUGACAUGCUCAUCAAGGCUUACUUGAAAAUGGGGAUGGUCAAGGGAGGUCUCAGGGCAUUUAGGAAGGCGACGGAGGCAGGUUUCGUCCCUAGUGUUAUCUCUUGCAAUUUCCUUCUGCAUAAAUUAUUGAGGUUGAAUUGCAUUAAGGAGUGUUGGCAAGUUUAUGGAGUGAUGGGGAGAGUGGGGAUACACCCGAAUUCGCACACCUUUAAUAUUUUGACCAAUGUCUUGUGCGAGGAAGGAGAUAUUAGUAUGGUGUAUGAGUUCUUGGAGAAGAUGGAAGAAGAAGGUUUCGAGCCGGAUAUUGUGACCUACAACACCUUGAUAUAUAGUUACUGCAAGAAAGAGAGGUUAGAGGAUGCGUUUUACUUGUACAGGAUUAUGUUUCGAAGAGGGUUUGUGCCGGAUUUGAUCACGGACACAGCCCUAAUCAACGGGCUUUGUAGGAUAGGGAAGAUCAGGGAGGCUCAUAAGCUCUUUCAUCAGAUGGUGAAUAGGGGGCUGACUCCGGAUAUUAAGACAUAUAACACUCUCAUACUUAGUUAUUGCAAGGAAUUAAAGUUGCGGGAGUCGAGGCUGUUGUUGCAUGAGAUGAUUGGGAGAGGGAUUUGCCCUGAUGAUUUCACUUGCCGUGUUCUCAUUGAAGGAUAUGUGAACAAGGGAACAUUGGUUUCUGCUCUGAAUUUGGUUGUGGAGCUUCGGAGAUUUGGGUGUUCUGUUUCCCAUGAGAUCUAUGAUUAUCUAAUUAAUUCCCUUUGCCAAGAGAAUCGACCCUUUGCAGCUAAGAAUUUUCUUGAUGGUACAUCGAAGGAUGGUUAUAUCCCCACUUUGCAUACAUAUAAAAAGCUUAUAGUCUCUUUCUGCGAGUGUGAUGGUGCCAAUGAGGCACUACUUUUGAAAGGUGAAAUGGUAUGCAAGAACAUGAAACCUGAUCUUGAAGUAUACAGAGCUCUUGUUUGCUGCUUAUGCAGAACAGGAAGAAGCGAGGAGAGUGAAGCAUUGAUCGAAGAAAUGGAUAAAGACGGAGUUUCACCUGAUCUAGAUAUAUGCAGGGCAUUAAUCUGUGGGUAUUGUAAGGAAAAAAAUGUUGAUAGAGCUGAAUCUUUGUUAGGUCUCUUUGCUGCAAAAUUUCACAUUCAAGACUCUGAGAGUUACAAUGCUCUAAUCAGGACUGUUGGUGAGGAAGGGGAUGCGGCUAAGUUGAUGGCUCUACAGGACAGAAUUCUGAAGAUGGGCUUUAUGCCAAACAGUCAAUCAUGCAAGUACAUAAUUAAUGGGAUGCAAAACGCGGCUGUGGCUCAUAAGCAACCUUCCUUAGGACUGUGAGGAUUCACAUGCAUGACUCUGAGAGUUACAAUGCCCUAACCAGGACUGUUGGUGAUGAAGGGGAUGUGGCUAAGCUGAUGGCUCUACAGGACAGAACUCUGAAGAUGGGCUUUGUGACAAACAGCCAAUUAUGCAAGCAUAUAGUCGAUAGGCUAUAAAAAUCUGCUGUAGCUCAAAAGCAACCUUCCUGAGGACUGUGGGAGGAGUUGGGGUGGAUAAAGCGGCCAAACAGCCUUCCCAGAGUCUUGAAAUUUGAGAUUCAAUACUGACUUACAAUGCUUUAAUCGGUACCGUUGGUGAUGGAGGGAAUGUGGCUAAGCUGAUGGCUCUACAGGACAGAAUUCUAAAGAAGGGCUUUAUGCCAAAUUGCCAAUCAUGCAAGCAUAUAAUCAUGGUAUACGCCAGGUUGCUGUUGCUCAUUAAGCGACCUUCCUGGGGACCGACUGUGCAAGAAGUUGGUGUGGGUGAACCAAUUGAAACAGGCGGGUCAUUGCUUAGCAGGAUCAGAAUGGUGAUUACUGAAGCUGCAAACUUCUGGAUUGCAGGAAAUAUCACUAAGAUUUUUCGUGAAAACUGAAUGAAGCAGAACCUCCUCAGGAGAAAAUGACAGUUUGCUCCUCAGGUGAUGCAUGAGGCAGUGCUUCAAAGAUUGCCGAAAUGGCUAUUUUUCCUUCCAGUUUUGGGUCUUUGGCUGCAUAGUGGGAGCUGUAGUACAUGAAUUGCUUUCGAAGAUAUGCAAGUAGGCAGUACAUCGAUGACGCCAACUCCUUAACUCAACUGAUGCCUGGAAUAGACUUCUUAAGGAAAUAGAACAUUGGUGGUCAAGAUAAAUGAUAGGUUACCCACUAAACUUGCCAGGCGCUACAUGUGGAUGAGCUAAAACAAAUCCGUUUUCUUUCUACAAUUUUCCAUCCUCCUAUUUGCAGAGAAUCGUACUUUGUGAUUGAAGAGUUUUUGCUGUAGUUUGGAGAGUCGGAAAUUUAAAAUCAGUAAUCCUUCAACUGAGGAAUUCAACUCUUGUUACUAUGAGGGUGGGGAUGUCAUUGCAUGUUCACUUGAGUCAAAAUAAAGACGGGUUCGAUUGUACAGGGUGGAUUAAGGGCAUGUCUCUAUAAGUUCACCUCAUCAUAUAUGCUGUGUUUGGUUUGGUGCU